UGACCUUACCCGCCGUCGGCAAACACCGUCGAUUUGAUUAGUUCUCUCUCUCUCUCUCUCUCUCUCUCUCUCUGCUUAGGUCUCUGAGUUUUGCUGCUGGAUAAUCUCUAUUCUUUUUGCCGCCGGAGAUUUAUAGCUUCGAGAUCGGUGAAGAAUGGGAGUUCCGGCGUUUUACCGGUGGUUGGCGGAGAAGUAUCCAAUGAUAGUGGCGGACGUUGUCGAGGAAGAGCCUGUUGAAAUCGAGGGCGUCAAGAUUCCGGUGGAUACUAGUAAACCUAAUCCUAAUAAUCUAGAAUAUGAUAACCUUUAUCUUGACAUGAACGGGAUUAUCCAUCCUUGCUUCCACCCUGAAGAUAGGCCAUCUCCGACUACCUUUGAGGAGGUGUUUCAGUGUAUGUUUGACUACAUCGAUAGACUUUUCGUGAUGGUACGGCCGAGGAAGCUACUGUAUAUGGCUAUUGAUGGUGUUGCUCCAAGAGCUAAAAUGAAUCAACAGCGGUCUAGACGGUUUAGAUCCGCUAAAGAUGCAUCGGAUGCAGCUGCUGAAGAAGAACGGCUGCGAGAGGAGUUCGAGAGGGAGGGUAGAAAACUCCCUCCUAAAGUGGACUCUCAAGUCUUUGAUUCUAACGUUAUUACACCAGGGACAGAAUUCAUGGGUGUUCUGUCUAUCGCCCUGCAGUAUUAUGUGCACCUUAGACUUAAUUAUGAUGUUGGUUGGAAAAACAUCAAGGUUAUCCUUUCAGACGCAAAUGUUCCAGGUGAAGGGGAGCAUAAAAUCAUGUCAUACAUUCGUCUUCAAAGAAAUCUUCCUGGUUUUGACCCAAAUACUCGGCAUUGCUUAUACGGAUUGGACGCUGACCUGAUUAUGUUGGGCUUGGCAACCCAUGAAGUUCAUUUUUCAAUUCUUCGAGAGGUGGUCUUCACUCCUGGACAGCAGGAUAAAUGCUUCUUGUGUGGUCAAAUGGGCCAUAUGGCUUCAGAUUGUGAAGGAAAAGCAAAGAAGAGGGCAGGAGAGUUUGAUGAGAAAGGCGAUGGUUUUGUCAAAAAGCCAUAUCAGUUCCUCCAUAUCUGGAUUCUUCGAGAAUACCUAGAGUUUGAAAUGAGGAUUCCCAACCCACCAUUCGAAAUUGAUUUGGAGCGCAUUGUUGAUGAUUUCAUCUUCAUAUGUUUCUUUGUGGGCAAUGAUUUCUUACCACAUAUGCCGACAUUGGAGAUUCGAGAGGGUGCUAUCAACUUGCUUAUGGCCGUUUACAAGAAGGAAUUUAGGUCGCUUGACGGCUAUCUAACUGAUGGGUGCAAGCCAAAUUUAAAGAGGGUGGAACAGUUUAUUCAGGCUGUUGGAUCUUUCGAAGAUAAGAUAUUUCAGAAAAGAACCAGGUUGCAUCAGAGGCAAGCGGAAAGAAUAAAGGGAGAUAAAGCUCGGAAAAAAAGAAUGGAUGAUGCAGCUCCGACAGUUCAACCUGAUUCUCUUGUUCCGGUUGCCAGAUUUAGUGGUUCUCGGCUUGCUUCGGCUCCUGCACCUUCACCAUUUCAGGCUAAUGAUGGAGGGUCUGCUCCGCCUCAAAAAGCUCGACGUGUAUCUUCAGGAUCCAGUAUUGGUGCUGCUAUUGUUGACGUCGAGAACAGUCUUGAAUCUGAUGAACACGAGAACAAAGAAGAAUUAAAGACAAAGCUCAAGGAGUUAAUACGUGAGAAAUCCGAUGCUUUCAACUCGGAUACUCACGAAGAGGAUAAGGUGAAGUUAGGGGAACCUGGAUGGAGAGAAAGGUAUUAUGAAGAGAAGUUCUCAGUAGUAACCCCUGAGGAAAUGGAAAGACUACGGAAGGAUGUUGUUUUGAAGUACACAGAAGGCCUUUGCUGGGUCAUGCAUUACUACAUGGAAGGUGUUUGCUCCUGGCAGUGGUUUUAUCCUUACCACUAUGCACCAUUUGCUUCUGAUCUGAAGGAUCUCGGAGAGCUGGAUAUUCAGUUUGAAUUAGGAACUCCUUUUAAGCCUUUCAAUCAACUUCUUGGGGUGUUCCCAGCUGCAAGUGCGCAUGCGCUUCCAGAGCGCUAUAGGACCUUGAUGACGGAUCCCAAUUCUCCUAUCAUUGAUUUUUACCCAACUGAUUUUGAAGUUGAUAUGAAUGGGAAGCGCUAUUCCUGGCAGGGUAUUGCUAAGCUGCCUUUCAUUGAUGAAAGACGCCUUCUAGAAGCUGUUUCCGAAGUGGAAUUCACGUUGACGGAUGAAGAGAAGCGUAGAAACAGCAUGAUGUGUGACAUGCUUUUCAUAGCAACGUCUCAUCGCCUUGCUGAACUCAUCUUUUCGCUUGACAACCAUUGUCGGCAACUGAGUGCCAGGGAGAGAGUAGACCUUAAGGUUAAGAUCAGACCUGAGCUCAGUGAUGGUAUGAACGGCUACUUGACUCCGUGUUCGGGAGAGACUCACCCGCCUAUAUUCAGGUCCCCGAUGGAGGGUAUGGAGGACAUCCUGGCCAACCAAGUCAUAUGUUGCAUAUACAGACUUCCGGAUGCACAUAAACACAUAACCAGGCCUCCUCCCGGUGUCAUCUUCCCUAAGAAGAUUGUAAACAUAGGAGACUUAAAACCCCCACCUGCUCUUUGGCAUGAGGAAAACGGAAGGAGACCGAUGCAUAAUAAUCAUCAAGGAAGGCAAAACCCACCUGGAAGUGUAUCCGGGAGGCAUCUGGGAGACGCAGCACACCGUCUCGUCUCAAACAACUUACAUACGAGAACAGACCGACAUGGUUAUCAGACAGCAGAUGUACAUAAUCAGCAUCAUCCUGGUUACGGCUACAAUCCUCCGCAGUAUGUUCCACCAAUUCCUUACCAAUAUGGUGGCUACAUUGACCCACCUGGUGUGCAAGGCUAUGUUCAGCCACAACAGCCUCCUUAUCCAAGUCGAGGUGGAUACCAACCUCGUGGUACCACUGGGAGAUUCCCAUCAGAUCCUUACCCGGUCCCGUCACGGGGAGGUCACCGUGACAAUAGAGGAGGAGGAGGGUAUUCUGGUAAUUACAAUCAACAACAACAACAACAAUGGCAUGGUCAAGGUGGAUCGGAGCACAAUAACCCACGAGGAUAUAGCGGUCAGCAUCAUCGUCAAGAUGGUGGAGACCGCGACCGCAGAAGAGGAGGAGGAGGAGGAGGAAGAGGAAGUCAUCACCAUGAUCAGGGCCAAGGCGGGAAUUCGUUUUCUGCAUUGCGUCCUAGACAUCGAUAUUAAGCACAAUGCUACUACUCCUGACCACCUUUCCUAACCGUAAGAAUCAAUCAUCAGGUGUAGUUGAAUUUCGUUUCAUACUGUUUGUUGUAUCAUUAGAAUUGGGCUGCUCUUGGUUCUUUGGCUUAAAAGGAAUGAAGAGCAGCUGGAAAAACUAUAGGUUACACUAGUUUUUCUUUCCGCUUGCAACAAUUUUUAUCAUUAUUUGGUGUAACGUUGAUUUACCGACGGUUUGUAGUGUAUCUUGUUUCUAAACGAUAUUUUUAGUCGAUUUAUCUUUGUGGAUCAA